AUGAGCUGCAACGGGUGCCGCGUGCUGCGCAAGGGCUGCAACGACGACUGCGUGCUGCGGCCCUGCCUGCUCUGGAUCGACGCCGCCGAGGCCCAGGGCCACGCCACGCUCUUCGCCGCCAAGUUCUUCGGCCGCGCCGGGCUCAUGUCCUUCCUCACCGCCGUCCCCGAACCGCAGCGCCCAGCGGUGUUCCAGUCGCUGCUGUACGAGGCGGCGGGGCGCACGAUCAACCCGGUGAGCGGCGCCGUGGGGCUGCUCUGGGCGGGGAGCUGGCACCUCUGCGAGGCGGCGGUCCAGGCCGUGCUCCGCGGCGCCGCCGUCGGCCCGCUGCCGGAGCUCGCGGGCGGCGUCCCCGAGGGCGGCGUCGGCGGCAGCGACCUCUUCGCGUCCUCCGCCAGGCGCGCAGCGGUGGGGUGCUCCACCUUCUCCACGGCCAAGCGGGCGGCGGCGACGUCGACGUCGGCGCGGAAGCUCUGGGCGCCGGCGGCCCACCAGGAACCCUCGUGCGAUCUCGGGCUCUUCCUCACCCCCGGAUCGCCCACGGCGGCAGCGGCGGCGGCAGGGGAGCGACGACGGGCCGGCACGCCGUCGAUGAGCUCCGACGCCUCCGUGACCACGAGCGCUGGGGGCGAGAGGGAGCCUGAGCUGCUCAAACUUUUCGUCUAGGCCUCCUAAUUAUUAGCUUUUCCG